AUGUAUAUCAAGCAAAUCAUCAUCCAAGGCUUCAAGAGUUACAAGGACCAAACGGUCAUUGAGCCCUUUUCGCCCAAACACAAUGUCAUCGUCGGCCGUAACGGUUCAGGCAAGAGUAACUUUUUCGCCGCUAUUCGCUUCGUUCUGAGCGAUGCAUACACACAAAUGGGUCGCGAGGAGCGACAGGCUCUUCUUCAUGAGGGCUCUGGUUCCGCCGUCAUGUCAGCAUACGUUGAGGUGAUAUUCGAUAACUCUGACGAGCGAUUUCCUACCGGCAAACCUGAACUCGUACUUCGCAGAACGAUCGGAUUGAAAAAGGACGAAUAUACCCUGGACCACAGAAAUGCCACGAAAGCGGACGUUAUGAAUCUCCUUGAAUCCGCUGGCUUUUCCCGAUCCAAUCCUUACUACAUUGUUCCUCAGGGGCGAGUCACAACACUGACAAAUAUGAAAGACUCGGAACGUCUCGUGUUGCUGAAGGAAGUCGCCGGCACACAAGUCUACGAAGCCCGGCGAGCCGAAUCACUCAAGAUUAUGAACGAGACAAAUAACAAGAGGGCUAAGAUUGAUGAACUUCUCGAUUACAUCAACGAACGACUUGGGGAGCUAGAAGAGGAGAAGGAUGAACUACGGAACUAUCAAGAACAAGACCGCGAACGCAGAUGUCUGGAGUAUACCAUCUACUCCCGCGAACAACAGGAGAUUGCCAAUGCACUUGACAAUCUUGAGGGCCAACGACAAACCGGCGUCGAAGAUACAGAUGUCAAUCGCGAACACUUCAUACAAGGCGAGAAGGAUAUGGCUCAAAUUGAUUCUGAGAUCGCCCAAUGCAAACAACAAAUAGAGUUUCUGAAAGUGGACAAGGCACAAUUGGAAGACGAGCGUCGUGAGGCUUCUCGUUCCCUCGCUCAGGUCGAACUGCAGGAGAAUGCAUUGAAAGACAACCAAUCCGCUGCACAACGAUUGAAGGCCCGAUAUGAAAAUGACUUGAAUGCAGUCCAAAGUGCCAUCAGUCAACGAGAGAGUGAACUGCAGACGAUAUUACCUCAAUUCAAUGCUGCCAAGGAACAAGAAGAUGCUGUGAAAUUGCAGCUAGAUCAAGCCGAAACUUCUAGGCAACGACUUUAUGCAAAGCAAGGUCGAAACUCCCGCUUCAAGAGCAAGUCCGAGAGGGACAAGUGGCUACAGAAGGAAAUCCAAGAAACGAAAAACUCCAUCAAGGCAGUCAAUGCGGUCAGAGCUCAGACUACUGAAGAUAUUAAAGACCUUCAGAAGACUAUUGAGUUACUCGAACCUGAAAUUGAGAAUCUUCGGAAACAAAUCGAUGGAAGAGGAGACGCGAUUCAGACCAUCGAACAGGAGGUCCAGAAUGCCAAAGAUGAGAGAGACCGUCUAAUGGAUCAGCGCAAGGAGCUGUGGAGAGAAGAAGCUCGCUUGGAUUCCGUUUUAUCGAACUCGUCUCAAGAAGUAGACAGGGCCGAACGUAACCUUUCACACAUGAUGGACAAUAACACCAGUCGCGGCAUAGCAGCCGUACGAAGAAUCAAGCGCCAACACAAUCUUGACGGUGUCUAUGGUACGUUGGCUGAACUUCUUGAGGUGAACGAACGUUAUCGGACUGCCGUGGAGGUGACUGCUGGCACAAGUCUCUUCCACUACGUUGUUGAUACCGAUGAGACAGCUACCAAGGUUCUUGAGAUACUACAGAAAGAAAAAGCAGGACGGGUUACAUUUAUGCCCUUGAACCGCCUGAAACCCCGCCCGACAAACGUACCCAAAGCAAGUGACACCAUCCCGAUGAUUGAAAAGCUGCAAUACGACCCACAAUAUGAAAAGGCCUUUCAGCAAGUCUUUGGCAAGACUAUCAUCUGUCCGAAUCUUCAGGUAGCAUCACAGUAUGCGCGAAGUCACGGUGUCAACGCUAUUACUCCAGAAGGUGAUAGAUCCGAUAAGCGCGGUGCAUUGACUGGUGGUUUCCAUGACUCUCGUCAGUCUCGCCUUGAAGCUGUCAAGGCAGUGACAAAGUGGCGCGAUGAGUUCGAGUCUAAAAAGAACCGUGCAAACGAGAUCCGCAGGGAUUUGGAAAAACUCGAUCAGCAAGUUACCCAGGCCGUUGGUGAGCUACAAAAGCUUGAGCAGCGCAAACAUCAAUUCCACGGUAACAGUGGCCCGUUACGACAAGAGCUCCGUAGCAAGCGUGAACUACUUCAGAACAAAAACGACAACCUCGAUGCCAAACAACGGGCCCUUCGCAACAUCGAAAAUAAUUUGACUGCUUUGGACGGCCAAGUCAGUGCAUUGGAAACUGAAAUCACAUCCAGUUUCCAGAAGGCCCUUACAGCGGAUGAAGAAAAGGAGCUUGAGUCUUUGGGUGUCACUGCACAGGGUCUGCGACGUGAAUAUGCUGAUCUGUCUAGCCAGCGUAGUGAACUCGAGGGUCGGAAAUCCGUUUUGGAAGUCGAAUUGCGUGAAAAUCUCUACCCUCGACUAGAUCAGCUAAGUAGCCCUGAUAUCGACAUGGGCGACGAGAGUUCUCAAGGCACCCUAAAAGAGGCCCAGCGACAGAUGAAGAAACUACAAAGUUCCCUAGGAAAGAUCACACAGCGGCUAGCAGAAGUCGAUCAGUCCAUUUCCGAAAGCAAUGCACAAGUUGGCCAACUCGAAAGCCGCAAGCUGGAAGUGCGCAACGAUUUGGAGGCACUAGCCAAAUCGAUUGAGAAACACCAGCGACGUAUGGAAAAGAGCAUGCAGAAGAAAGCAGCCUUGACAAAGCAAGCUGCUGAAUGCAGCGCCAACAUUCGUGAUCUUGGUGUUCUUCCCGAUGAAGCAUUUACCAAGUACAACAAGACCGACUCCAAUACCGUCGUCAAGAAAUUGCACAAGGUCAAUGAGUCGUUGAAGAAAUACUCUCAUGUCAACAAAAAGGCUUUUGAGCAAUACAAUAACUUCACGAAGCAACGAGAAACCCUUACGAAGCGAAGGGAGGAACUUGAUGCAUCUCAAAAGUCGAUUGAUGAGCUCAUCAUGGUUCUAGAUCAGCGUAAGGAUGAAGCCAUCGAGCGUACAUUCAAGCAGGUCUCACGUGAAUUCCACAAUGUGUUUGAAAAGCUCGUACCUGCCGGUCGUGGGCGACUCAUCAUCCAACGCAAGACCGAUCGAGCUCUUCGCGCGGAUAACGAGAUCGAAUCCGAGGACGAGGACCGACGGGAUAGCGUGGAAAAUUAUGUCGGCGUUGGUAUCAGUGUCAGCUUCAAUAGUAAGCAUGACGAUCAGCAACGUAUUCAGCAGCUAAGUGGUGGACAAAAGAGUCUGUGUGCCCUUGCCCUCGUCUUCGCUAUCCAAGCCUGUGAUCCCGCUCCAUUCUAUCUAUUCGAUGAAAUCGAUGCAAACCUAGACGCCCAAUACCGUACUGCCGUGGCUCAAAUGUUGCAGUCUAUCUCGGAUUCUACAAACGGCCAAUUCAUCUGUACGACAUUUAGGCCUGAAAUGUUGCAUGUUGCAGAGAAAUGUUAUGGUGUCAGCUUCCGCAAUAAGGCUAGUACUAUCGAUGUAGUCUCGAAGGAGGAGGCUCUCAAGUUCGUGGAGGAGCAAAAGUCGUAA